AUGGCAGUUGUGUAUUUCUUUUGCUUCAUAUUCCCUCUUCUAGUUGAGCUUGCCAGGGUGAGGGGUAAGUUUGUGGACAAGGUGUCCAUAGCAGUGAUUAAGCAGCUUCUGGACGACCUUUUAGAUGAUGAUGUCUUAAAUGACGGCCAGAAAGACACAAUACUUGAAGAGAACAAAACCACAGCAGACAAGGCACGCAGUCUCGUUGACACAAUAAAGAAGAAAGGAGAUGUAGCCAGCAGGAAGAUGAUCGCUCACCUUUACGAAAGAGAUCCGACACUUCACUCUGAGAAGUGAAGUGAAGCAGAGCAACAGAUGAAACAGGACUGGUCCAACACGCUCAUCUCUACCACCGAGGCAUUCUGGACGGAGAAAAAGAAUAAUGGAAAAACUUACCCUGCUGAAAAAAAUCCCAUCAGGAAUCGUGUGGCCCUGCUAAUCACUAAUAUAAAGUUUACUGAUGAGAGAUACAACAGAAAUGGAGCUGAAAAGGACGAGGAGAACAUGGAGAAACUGCUCUGGGCUCUGGGAUACAAGCUGGUGAAAUACACAAACCUCACAGGAAAGGCAAUUGAUGAUGCUGUAAUGAAGUUCUCUAAACUUCCAGAACUCAAAGAGACAGAUAGUGUGGUGGUGGUUAUCAUGUCUCAUGGGAAACUGGGAGCUGUCCUCGGUUGCAACUGGACAAAAGAUGAUGUUGAGAAACCAGAUGAGUUCCCCAUCAACAACAUUUACAAACACUUGGGCUCAGAGAAGUGUCCAGCGCUGCUGAACAAACCCAAGAUCAUCAUCAUCCAGGCCUGCAGAGGAGAGGAGAAAGGCUCAGUGCUUGUUAGUGAUGAUGCAGUGGUCUGUGAUGAUGUGUCACAGCCAGGUCCACCCCUGUGUGCUGACGAAGAAAACAUUGAUGAUGACAAUAUGAGAUGUGUACACAAAGAAAAAGACUUCAUUUCUCUUCUUUCCUCCACCCCCGAUACAGUCUCAUACAGGCAAAGAAAUAAGGGGUCUUUUCUCAUCCAGUACAUUGUCGAUGUAUUCAACACCUCGGCACAUAAGGAACACAUUGAUGAGUUUUUCCGACAGGUCACGCAAUGCUUUGAAGAGCAUUUCAUUAAAGGCCAGAUUCCGAACAUAGACAGAGUCUCUCUAACAAAGCACUUCUACUUCUUCCCAGCUGAGCUUGCCAAGGUGAGGGGUAAGUUUGUGGACAAGGUGUCCAUAGCAGUGAUUAAGCAGCUUCUGGACGACCUUUUAGAUGAUGAUGUCUUAAAUGACGGCCAGAAAGACACAAUACUUGAAGAGAACAAAACCACAGCAGACAAGGCACGCAGUCUCGUUGACACAAUAAAGAAGAAAGGAGAUGUAGCCAGCAGGAAGAUGAUCGCUCACCUUUACGAAAGAGAUCCGACACUUCACUCUGAACUGGGUCUGGGUCAACCUGUUUAG